AUGAUCGGCUUAGUCUCUGGGCAGAGCUAUGUGUACAGUCUGCAAAACGACAUGAUGGAGGGGACCAAGGUCAUCAAUUACUACGAGCCUGAUCUUGUGCCUGUCACCAACGCCAUAGCUGAGGACUAUUUACUUUUUGAUCGUUGCUUCGCUUCGAUCCCGGGCCCAGCAGACCCCAAUCGCGCGUACCUGACCUCGGGUAUCUCACAUGGCCAUAGUAAUAAUGAAGAGGUGUUCUGCAACUCUGGAAUGCCCCAGAAAUCCGUAUUUGAGCAACUCCGGCAAUUUCAUCCUGACACUAUGUUCUAUGAGUGGACGGCUAAGUUCGCCAAGGACAAGAUCCUUCCCCUGAGCCAGCUCUACAAAGAUGCUCAGUCCGGUUAUUUGCCUCAAUUUACCGCUGGCUCGAAGAUAUUACAAUUCCUGGAACUACUUAUCAAUUUGCAAAAAGAGGAAAGCAACAUGCCAGUGGAUAUCGGGGCACUCGAUGUUGAGUCUCUGAAAUAA